UAGAAAUCGUUUCAGGAAUCAAGCCUGAAGGAAAUACUAAGUAUUUCACUGUCUGUGCCUUUGGCAUUUGGCUUUUAACUUUUAGCCCACAAGCUAUAACUGAAAAGGAGCCUGUGUAAGCUCAAGAUGCCUGAACAACAAACCGUCUACAAGUGCAAUCGAUGUGUAAUGGUGCUGCUCCGCUCUUAUUUGAGUGUACUCUAUCUGUGGGGUAUACUGCACUUGGCCGCCAUCAUGCCGUUUCCCCAUGAGAUCUGGGAGACAACAUUCUGGUCCAGAACACGCAGCUUUAAAGUCGCCUACAGGACGAUUUUGAAUAACGAUUUGUGGGCGGAGGUGUACAUUCUAACCCUGAUCCUCGUGGUGCUGUGCAAUCUGUUCUACUGCUGUCACUGCAGACUCGUUGGAGUCCGAAUUUUGGACGUUGAAGUGGUCAUACCGCCGCUGCAAGUGCGCCUGCUCAUCUUGCCGAUAGUCUACAUCGUAGUCUUCGUCUUUUGCUGGACUAUCACCACCAUCACCACGUGCCUCGGCGUUGUCUAUGUGACCCAGGGUGAUGGGAGUGUCAGAAGCGGUAGGACGGUCUGCCUAUUGGUGGUCGGUCUGCUCAUGAAGCUCCUGGCUCUGGCCAAUUUCUACUCGAUUUGCAUACGCACCUGGGCGUACUUGAAGAUCUUGGACACUGGCGCGAAUGAGUGGCUUGUGAACUACUACAACUUUGGCGAUCACCUCAAUUUGUUCUUCCGCGUUUGAGGAGUUGUGCG